AGCCAGGCUGUGAAGGUGUUUGGAACUCUAGUCCAGCAGAGGUCCCAGGACCAUAGUAGCAGAGUGCAAGGACACUUUAAAUCAACCAGUGAAUUGUGAAAGAGACUGAGAAUGCCACAGCUUCAUCUUCCUUUAAGAAAUAUUUGUAGCAUUUCCUGAGGGACAGAAAAUAAACUUCUUUGGAACAAUUGAUUCAGAACUCCCAGCCGAAUCAAGAAGACCUCCCCCCCAUCUUGCUCAAUUUCAUUCAAAGAAAAUGGAGCUAGUUCUGAUGGACCUUCAGUUUCAGGGGUGCUGUUUCCAUAAUCGCCGGUGAACUGCAUAUCUGCUACAACAAUGAACACUACCACACACUGGGCUCUUCUGUUUCCGCCUGUAUCGGUCAACACCACUGAAGAGGUCAAUGAUUCCAUCCUUUUUGGCAGCAGGAGUGCCGAGGGAUUCUGUGAACAAGUCUUUAUCAAAGCCGAGGUCUUCUUGACACUGGGGAUCAUCAGCCUUCUGGAGAAUGUCCUCGUCAUCCUGGCAGUCAUCAAGAAUGGAAACCUACAUUCACCCAUGUACUUCUUCCUUUGCAGCCUGGCAGUAGCAGACAUGUUAGUGAGUAUCUCCAAUGCCUUGGAAACCAUCAUGAUUGUCAUUCUGAGCAAUGGCUACUUGGUCAUUGACGACCACUUCAUUCAACACAUGGACAAUGUAUUUGACUCAAUGAUCUGUAUUUCUUUGGUUGCCUCCAUAUGCAACCUCUUGAUUAUAGCCAUUGACAGGUACAUUACUAUUUUCUAUGCACUUCGCUACCACAGCAUCAUGACUGUGAAGAAAGCUCUGGCUCUUAUUGGGGUUAUCUGGACAGCUUGUAUCUUUUGUGGCAUCACCUUCAUUGUCUACUAUGAGAGCAAAACAGUCAUCAUCUGCCUCAUCACCAUGUUCUUUACCAUGCUUUUCCUCAUGGCUUCACUUUAUGUUCACAUGUUCUUGUUUGCACGCCUCCAUAUCAAGCGCAUUGCAGCCCUCCCAAUGGAUGGGGUCCCCCACCAGCGCACCUGUAUGAAAGGGGCUGUCACAAUCACCAUCCUCCUCGGGGUCUUCAUUCUCUGCUGGGGACCUUUUUUCCUUCACCUCAUUCUGAUCAUCUCUUGCCCCACCAACCCACACUGUAUUUGCUACACCUCACAUUUUAACACAUACCUGGUUCUUAUUAUGUGCAAUUCAGUCAUUGAUCCUCUGAUUUAUGCGUUCCGGAGUCUGGAGAUGCGGAAGACCUUCAAAGAAAUAGUCUGCUGCUGUUAUGGUGGGAGUUCAGGACAGUGCAUGCUCUGAAGGGUUGACCUCUAGAAUCUUUAAAGAUAUCCGAAAGUUAAAACCGGAGCAAAAUUGCUAGCUAAGUGCCGCAUUGCUAGGAGUGAUCAAAAUCAAGCUUAAGAGCUGGGAAGUAUGGCAGGGAAUCGCUGUGAUUUUUCUUUGUCAUGCCAGCUUUCAGUUAAUAGCUGUGUCAAAGUCUGUGUAUGUGCAGUUUGUUUCCUUGCUUGUAAUUAAAGCAGAAUCACACUAGUUUGUGGGACCAUGGCAGCAUUUCAUGGUUACUAAGAAAAUGAGGUGCAUAUCUCUUGAGAGCAUCUAUUCAUCUCACAUUUGGAGAGAAGGACACACCUCAGCAGAUACCUCACACUACAUUUACUGGGGAACUUGCGCUUUGCCACAUUCUCUCAGGUUGGUCAUCAUGGAUGGAAAUGCUUCAUGGAAAGAGGCUAACAUUGUAGUCAUAUGUAGUCUUAUUAAGUGUGAAUAAGUUUUUGUUUGUUUGUUUGUUUUUGAUAAAAGAGGGACUUAACAUUCAGGGGUAGGGGAGGGAAAACCUUGGAAAAGAGGAGAGGAAGUUGAACUACAGCUUCCAGAAUUCAGUAGCCAUCCUGGCUGGGAAUUCUGAGUCCUCAUCCAAAAUUUCAAGCUCUGUGAAGCCUUAUGAAAAUGGAUGUAAAUGUCACUGAAAUCCAGUGGUCUGACUUCUGAGUGAACUUACUUAAGACCGCAGUGUAAAAAGACAUUCUUGUUCUCCUUCAUCAGCAAACUACUGUACUACUGAAAAGAAAUGUGUGUGUUGUUAGCCUUGUUUUGAAGAACAUGCUGUAAGCAACGUGUAUAACGAAACUUGUCCUUUGGCCAGAGAAAAGAUAGACUAGCAGCAGUGUUGCUUUUAGAGAUGGCAACUUUCCUCUGCUCCUCACCGCUGAGGCUUCUUAAGAAAUACAGGCAACAUCCAGAUCACACCUAUGCCUAUUUCUGUGUUUCAAACAUGGUGAGAGAACCCAAGACAUUUUUCUUUUAGCUCUCUGUAAUAAAAUCCAUGCAACUAUUACUGCUUCAGCUUUCCCACAGCUAGCCAAAUAAAUAUCAUUUUCCCUCCAGGACACUAUCUAAAGCAUGUGAAGAUUGUGAAGAUGGUUAUUGCAUUAUAUUCUGGGCAUUUUAUUUGGUGUUUCUCAUUUUACUGUAUAAAGAAUUGUCCUGUGACACAGCCAAUGUUAUGUGUAUAGAGUUGUGCCUGGAAAGGAUUCUUGUAUGAAUGGAUUAUAUGAUGCUUUAAAAUAUCCUUUCCCAGCUGGGUGUUCUCCUGAGGUGUUGGACUACAACGCUCAUCUCUCAUAACCUUUGAUCCUGGUGGCUGAGGAUGAUGGGAAAAAUAGUUUUCUGCAUCUGGUCUGGUAUACACUACCCAGCAAAAUGAAACAAAGCGUCCCAAUUAGUUGGAAAAAUUCCUGAAGUUAUUCCAGUCAUUUGGUUUCUAGUACAAUUCUACACAUACCUACUCAGAAGUAAGCCCCACUGAGCUCAGGGGGAUUCACUUCCAUCCAUGUACACAUAAGACUGCAGUCUACUUUACUUUAUCUCCUCUGCCAUUCAUCAAGGUUGGAUUGUUGAUAAAGCUAGAUUUGUAAUCUGGUUCUUCUCUGCCUUUGUUUCUCUACCUUCUUAAUCUCAUUUCAUUUUUUUCUCUCACCCCAGUUCUUGAAAAGUUUACUUUUUUGACUACAUCUUCCAGAGCUGGCUAGGGGAGUUUUAGAGUCCUAUAAGUUGACUUUUUCAGGCUGAGACCCACCCCAUAAGAUGCUCUGAGAAUAUUCUAGAACAUACUGUGCAUGUUGUUAGCUACUGUGAACACUAUCAACCCUUGACUAGUCAAGGGAAUAACCAUAAUGGAAGCAUGCUGAGACACCCUUUCUUUCUGCUUAUCUGUAGGUCCAUAUAUACGUUACAUGCAAAUACAUGCAACAUGUGUCAUACCAGUAGACCCUGGGUUGUUUUUUUCAAUGUUUCAGAAGAAUCUGUCUCCUAAACAUGGCCACACUUACUAAUAGAUGGAGCUAAUAUUAAAAUUUGUCCUAGCACUUCCCACUGGGAGAACAGCGAUUCCAGUGGCCUGCCGUAAGCUUGCCUGCUGUUCUCAGGUGUAGUGAAGAACAAUGUUCCAUCAGCAUUUUUGACCUAAUAUGGAGCUACCAGAGCAGUCAACUUCUUUAUACAGAAGGGAGGAGCCAUUUUUGUCCUUUGCCUCAUAGAAUCAUAGCAAAGUGAAAUUGGAAGGGACCUAGA